AUGUUCGACAGACUUCAGCAAUACAGAGUGGUGGAGAUGAAACUUCUGGCGCAGCAGAAGGAUCUUCAGGCAAAAAUUCCUGAUAUUGAGAAGUGCUUAGAUGUCGUUGCAACUUUGCAAGCAAAGAAGGGCACUGGUGAGGCAGUCAUUGCUGAUUUUGAAGUGUCAGAGGGCAUCUACUCUCGGGCACGGGUUGAAGAUGCGGAGUCUGUUUGUCUGUGGCUUGGGGCAAAUGUUAUGCUCGAAUAUUCAUGUGAAGAGGCAACUACCCUUCUUCAAAAGAAUCUAGAGAAUGCUAGAGCAAGUUUAGAAGUUCUUGUUGCCGAUUUACAGUUUUUAAGGGACCAAGUAAAUGUUACUCAGGUUACUAUUGCUCGUGUGUAUAACUGGGAUGUACAUCAACGUAGACAAAGACAAGCUGCUACUACAUCUGAGUCUUGA